AUGGCGGUGAAACAACCUCUGACUCUGGCUCCCACAAACCCAGACACUUUUCUGGUUACUACCACGGUGCUGAAAGCACUUUUGGUGGACCUCCAGACACACAUCCUAUCGGACAUAGUGACAAUCUACAGAGAUAUCCGGGGCCUGUCGGGCCGGAUGGGAGUCCUGGAGAACACCACAAGUGAUCAUACCCAGCAGCUUGCUACACUACAGCAGACCAUAAUAGAUCUACAGCAACAGGCCAAAAGACUUGACUGCCACUUUGCUGCACUGGAAGACAUGAAGGUUCGGGGUAUCAAGGAGGACACCUCAGAAGCAGAAUUGCCUCAUCUACUGAAACUCUUAUUUCAGGCACUACUCUCUCAGAGACAAAGAAAGACACUGGGGCUGGAUGGAAUCUUUUGUGUACCAAAGUCAUCUAGAGCUCUGGCUGCUGCACCAAGAGACCUAGUGCUCCAACGCCAGAGUGGGAGGGAUACGUUCGCAAUCCUGGCAAUGGUUUCUUCUCUGGACUCUUCCUUUCCUCUGUUUCUGUCUGACCUACAGAUCCUCAACCUAUGGCUUGUCUCCUAG